AUUCCGGCUGGGUAGGGCUGGGGCUCCACUCAGCCUGGAGACCGAAGCGCCUCACUGCGCGUCCGCCGCCGCCCAGCCUCGCCUCGCGCGCCUCCUAGCUCUUCCCAGAGCAACCGGGAGCCAGGAGCGGUCCAGAGCCGGCGGGUGGGAAGCGCGACUCUGUCUGGCUUUUCUCCUGUCUUGUUUCUUGCCCCUCUCUCCUUCCCACUUGCGUGCGAGCCUGCGUGUGAGCAUGGAGCGGAAAGCUUGGACCCUGCAGUGCACCGCUUUCGCCCUCUUUUGCGCUUGGUGUGCGCUCAACGGUGUUAAAGCGAAGAGGCAGUUUGUCAAUGAAUGGGCGGCGGAGAUUCCCGGGGGCCCAGCCGCAGCGUCUGCCAUCGCCGAGGAGCUGGACUAUGACCUUCUGGGUCAGAUUGGAUCACUUGAAAAUCACUACCUAUUCAAACAUAAAACCCAUCCCCGAAGGUCUCGAAGGAGUGCCCUUCAUAUCACUAAGAGAUUAUCUGACGAUGAUCGUGUGGUAUGGGCUGAACAGCAGUAUGAAAAAGAGAGAAGUAAACGUUCAGCUCCACGAGACUCAGCAGGAAAUCUCUUCAACGAUCCAAUGUGGAAUCAGCAAUGGUACUUGCAAGACACCAGGAUGACUGCAGCCCUGCCCAAGCUAGAUCUUCACGUGAUACCUGUUUGGCAAAAAGGCAUCACUGGCAAAGGAGUUGUCAUCACUGUCCUGGAUGAUGGCUUGGAGUGGAAUCACACAGACAUCUAUGACAAUUAUGAUCCAGAGGCUAGCUAUGAUUUUAAUGACAAUGACCAUGAUCCAUUUCCCCGAUAUGAUCCCACAAAUGAGAACAAACAUGGGACCAGAUGUGCAGGAGAAAUUGCUAUGCAAGCAAAUAAUCGCAAAUGUGGGGUUGGAGUUGCAUACAAUUCCAAAGUUGGAGGCAUAAGAAUGCUGGAUGGCAUUGUGACAGAUGCCAUUGAGGCCAGUUCGAUUGGAUUCAAUCCUGGGCAUGUGGAUAUUUACAGUGCCAGCUGGGGCCCUAAUGAUGAUGGGAAGACUGUGGAAGGGCCUGGCAGGCUGGCCCAGAAGGCUUUUGAGUAUGGUGUCAAGCAGGGCAGACAGGGGAAGGGCUCCAUCUUCGUCUGGGCUUCUGGGAAUGGUGGGCGACAGGGAGACAACUGUGACUGCGACGGCUACACAGACAGCAUCUACACCAUCUCCAUCAGCAGCGCCUCACAGCAGGGCCUGUCCCCUUGGUACGCUGAGAAGUGCUCCUCCACGCUGGCCACCUCCUACAGCAGCGGGGACUACACCGACCAGCGAAUCACAAGCGCCGACCUGCACAACGAUUGCACCAAGACCCACACCGGCACCUCAGCCUCAGCACCUCUGGCUGCUGGCAUCUUCGCUCUGGCCCUGGAAGCAAACCCUAAUCUUACCUGGCGAGAUAUGCAGCACCUGGUUGUCUGGACCUCUGAGUAUGACCCUCUGGCCAAUAACCCUGGAUGGAAAAAGAAUGGUGCAGGCUUGAUGGUGAAUAGUCGAUUUGGAUUUGGCUUGCUAAAUGCCAAGGCUCUGGUGGACUUAGCUGACCCCAAGAUCUGGAGCAGUGUGCCUGAGAAGAGAGAGUGUGUUGUAAGGGACAACGACUUUGAGCCCAGAGCCCUGAAAGCUAAUGGAGAAGUCAUCAUCGAAAUUCCAACCACAGCUUGUGAAGGGCAAGGCAACGCUAUCAAGUCCCUGGAGCACAUACAGUUUGAAGCGACAAUUGAGUACUCCCGCAGAGGAGACCUUCAUGUCACACUUACUUCUGCAGCUGGAACCAGCACUGUACUGUUGGCUGAGAGAGAGCGGGACACGUCUUCUAAUGGCUUUAAGAAUUGGGAUUUCAUGUCCGUUCACACAUGGGGAGAGAACCCCGUAGGUACCUGGACUUUGCGAAUUUCAGACAUAUCUGGAAGAAUGCAGAAUGAAGGAAGGAUUGUGAGCUGGAAGCUAAUUUUGCACGGGACAUCUUCACAGCCAGAACACAUGAAACAGCCUCGUGUGUACACAUCGUACAAUACGGUUCAGAACGACAGGAGAGGGGUGGAGAAGAUGGUGGACGUGAGGGAGGAGCAGCCCAAACAAGAGGACCCUGAUGAGAGACCCCUGGGGUCUGAAAGCCCCAGCAGUGGCCCGGUGGAGGGCAGGAGCGCUGACCCUAUGGGUGGAGCUACAUCCCAGGCCAUGCUGCGGCUCCUGCAAAGCGCUUUCAGCAAAACCUUGCCACCACCGGUGCCAAGGAAGUUCCCAGGCACAAAGCUCAACAUCCCUUAUGAAAACCUCUAUGAAGCCCUGGAAAAGCUGAACAAUCCUUCCCAGCUCAAAGACUCUGAUGACAGUCUAUACCAUGACUAUGUUGAUGUUUUCUAUAACACAAAACCCUACAAACACAGAGAUGACCGGCUGCUUCAGGCUUUGGUGGACAUUCUGAAUGAGGAAAGUUAAGGUGAGUGUGUGGCCCCAACUGGAAGCGUUCCUGCUUCUUUCUCUCCUGUAGAUUUUGCCCAUUUCUGAAUAGCCGUUCUGUCCUUGAUUCCUACACUUACAGUACUCCUGAGGGCAUUUUUCUUUUUCUCCUCCAAACUGUCUAUUUGAAGGGGCUGAGCUCAAGUAGGAGAUCUAAUUUCCAGAAUUGACCAUAGCUUUUUCCUACCAUCAGAAGUGGAGUGUAUUAUUCUUUCUGUGCUCAUGGCUGACAGCCCUCUUGCUACCUUAGAAAACCUCCUUGAAUCCAUUUCAUUUCUCAAAAGCAAAGGGAAAACCUGGGCAAUCAAUUAAUUUGAUCAAGAAAUCUGCAAAGAAUGAGAGGGAGGGAAAACUUUCUGUAGUUUGUUUCCUGUCUUUGCCAUGUAGUCAGAUUUCGAUGCCAAGAACACAUUUGG